AAAACGCAACCGGGGGAAGGCGUGCUUCCGCCCGGAGAGGGCAAGCAGGACUCAGGCUCCUGCUUUCCCGGGUACUCUCCAGCUGCCACCGCUUUGCUGCAAAGCUGACGGGCGCAAAAACAUGAGUGACACCGCCGGAUGGCACACUGGCCUCCGACGUUACCCGAAGCUCCCUGUGUGGGUGGUGGAGGAUCAUCAGGAGGUUCUACCCUUUAUAUACCGGGCCAUUGGCUCAAAGCAUCUUCCUGCCAGUAAUAUAAGUUUUUUACAUUUUGAUUCACAUCCAGACCUCCUUAUUCCUGUGAAUAUGCCAGCAGACACCGUGUUUGAUAAGGAAACACUCUUUGGAGAAUUAAGUAUUGAAAAUUGGAUUAUGCCCGCGGUUUAUGCAGGCCAUUUUUCACAUGUAAUAUGGUUUCAUCCCACAUGGGCUCAGCAAAUCAGAGAGGGCAGACACCACUUUUUAGUAGGCAAAGACUCUUCUACCACAACAAUCAGGGUUACAAGUACAGAUCAUUACUUCCUAAGUGAUGGUCUGUAUGUACCUGAAGACCAGCUAGAGAACCAAAAACCUUUACAAUUGGAUGUAAUUAUGGUAAAACCUUAUAAACUCUGUAACAAUCAAGAAGAAAAUGAUGCAGUAUCUUCUGCUAAGAAACCAAAGCUAGCCCUGGAAGAUUCGGAAAACACUGCCUCUACUAACUGUGACUCUUCUUCAGAAGGACUGGGAAAGGACACAGUGACACAGAGAAGUGGCCAGACUUGUCCAGAACCAUCAUGUUCAUGUUCUUCUGGAAAUCAGGAAUGCCAGACCACAGCCAGCACUGGGGAAGUCCUGGAAAUUUUGAAGAAAGGGAAUGCAUUUGUUUUAGAUAUUGACUUGGAUUUUUUUUCAGUCAAGAAUCCCUUCAAAGAAAUGUUCACUGAGGAGGAGUACAAAAUCUUACAAGAGCUGUACCAAUUUAAGAAACCCAGCACUGACCUAACAGAGGAAGAUUUGGUCGAUAUUGUUGAUAAUCGAAUUCAUCAAUUAGAGGAUUUAGAAGCUACUUUUGCUGAUUUGUGUGAUGGUGAUGAUGAAGAAACUGUACAGAGAUGGGCUUCAAACCCUGGAAUGGAAUCACUAGUUCCCCUUGUACAGAGUUUGAAAAAACGGAUGGAAGUACCAGACUAUGAAAUGGUUCACCAGGCUGGUUUGACCUGCGAUUAUUCAGAACUUCCUCACCAUAUCAGCACAGAACAAGAAAUAGAGUAUCUGAUUCAAUCUGUACAUUAUUUACUGAAAAAUUUACCAAAGCCUACUCUUGUGACAAUUGCAAGGUCAAGUCUGGAUGAUUACUGUCCUUCUGACCAAGUUGACAUCAUUCAAGAAAAGGUCCUCAGUAUGCUACGUGCCCUCUAUGGAAAUCUAGACAUUCAAGUGUAUGCAGCAGAGUCUUCUCCCCCUUGAAACAAAUAAAACGUUAGGCUCCUGUUGUAUCUUGGUUUAGCAACAGGCCUUUAAUUAUUUGUAAAUUAGUCUUCCAGAGAACACUGUUUUUGUAUUAACUUUCAAUUGAAAUCUUUCAGAUAUUUUGAAUCUCUAAACAACUAUUGUCAGCUGUGGAAUGAUGAUAGUUUUUUUGGCAUCAAGUCUGAUAACCUCAACUGAUAGAACUCUUGCUUAUCUGUCUUCCUUAAGUAUUUUUUAGGUGUUUUUUCUUUUCACUUUUCACCUAGGUCUGUUGGACUAUAUGAGAUUCAUUCAUACUUUAUUCAUUCAUCCAAUAUCUAUUGAGCACUUACAUGUACCAGACAUUACGUGCUGGGUAUAUAUAUGAUAAUGAACAGAAUAAACAAGUCCCCUGCCCUUUCAGGGGAGACAGAUGAGAAAUAAAUUACAGAUUAUGAGAAAUGUUAUGAAGGAAAGGACAACCACAGACAUGUCUCAGUACUCAGGGUAUCCUGGCCUUAUAGGAAAGUAACAUUCUCUUUUUUUUUCUUUUCUAAUUUUAUAAAAAUAAAGAUGGAGUCUCACAUGUUACCCAGACUGGUCUCGAACUCCUAGGUGCAAGCAAUCCACCUACCUUGGCCUCCCAAAGUGCUGGGAUUACAGGUGUGAGCCACUGCCCCAGCCAGAAACUAACAUUCUCAAAAGCUACUACCAAAAAAACCCCACAAAUUUGCCAGUUGGUGAAAUUAUCACAGGAAGGCCACCUUUCCAAGGAAUUUGGCAUUGUGGCGCUGCUCUUGCCAAAUGCUCUCAAGCAUUGUUGGUAUCAAGGUGGUCUGGUUGAGUAGACUUGACCAAACAAAAAUUAACUGGUUUUUUUUUUUUUUUGGUUUUUAUUUUUUGUAAAAAAAAAAAAAAAAAGCCCUUCAGGGUUUUUUGUGCCUCCAGGCAGUCGUUGUAGGUAUCAAUAAUACAGUCCCUAAGUGCCACUUUAUUGGCAAGUCUGGAUUGAUAACGUUUUUCAGAUAAACCAGCUUUUUAUGUAAAUAGUAUGGGAAAAAAAUUAAAUCUUUAAUUCUGACCUGCCAUAAAUACCCAAAGACGUAAACUGUCUUCCACCAACCCUCGUGACUAAGACACCCUUCCUGAGUCACUCUUAACCAUGAAACUUCAUUUUCUCAAUUUGCCAGUCUUCUGAUCUUUAGUCUCUCUUUUCAAUAAUCUUUGUUACCUGACUACUUGAUUUAUUUUCCUUUAAAAGGUGAAAUGACAUUUAAAGAAAAACACCCAUCAUUCAUCAAUCCCAACACAGCAGUUCUUUUCACUCUUGCAUGUAACUUUCAGGCCUUAUCCCCAUGUGUUCCUAUAGAGUUGCAUGUAGCUGAAAUUAUACUGUCUUGCCUAACUUUGUGCUAAUACCCAAGGACACCCUUUAUCAUUGCCUCUCAGUGAUGGCACCUAACCCCGUUUUUCCAAGGAUUCUAUUUUCCAGUGAAUUUUUGUCACUGAGUUAAUUUCCCAAGUCUGAUAGCAUGAAUGCUUAUUUGUGUUGUGAAAAGCAGACCAGCCUGACUCAGCUUUCCAUUUUGAUAGAACAGUUUGUGCCAAAAAGGUUUAUUUUCUUGGUAAAAUCAGAAUUGUAGAAUUGUGCUAUUGAAUUUUUUAAAUUUUUGGUUAGUGCUUACAGACGUUACUUUUAUGAUUUCUUUGCAUGCUAAAGAAGUUAAAGGGUAUGUUUUGAACUGUAGCACUAACUAAUUGUGUGUGAUCUCAGUAUGUUGAUGGCUUUGACUUUGUGAGUGGUUUACUAGUCAUUUAUUGAUUCCCAUGAACUCUGAUAAGAUUCAUUGUGGUUUUAACUCAGGUUGAAUAAAAGAACAUCAGUUUCUUUUAUAGGAAUGUUUGUUUAAUUCUCAUGUUUUGUGAUCAUCCCUUUGAGAAUAAAAUUCAGUCCCUAAUUGUUGAAUCAACUUAGUAAAUUAUGUCUUGCACAUUCCAAAUAGGAUGAUACUUUAAGAUGUAUUUCAUUUGUGUUCUAAGUACCAGUGAGGGGAUACCAUGGUACAGUGUUUUGAAUUGUAUACUAAUAUCAUUAAAGCAUGGGAUUUUA